AUGAUUUUCUCGAUUCUCCUAUUUGUCACAGCUUUUGUAACAGGUGGUCAUGGGUUUGGCUUGUCAUCACAUGUUCUCGAUAUCUCAACAGGCAUCCCAGCUCAGAACUUUCAAAUCAUACUUUCUUAUAAUGAUAAUGACUCCUGGAAGCAAAUAAACGGAAGUUACUACACUGAUAUAAAAGGACGUGUUGAGUUUUCUGUUCCCAACCAAAGAGCGGGACAGUACAAGCUAUUUUUCAACACUGGUGAAUAUUACUGUGUAGAAAACACAUUCUUCCCAUUUAUAGAAAUAGUAUUCAAUAUCGUUGACAUGUCUGCGCACUAUCACGUGCCAAUUACUCUCAGUCCAUAUGGUUUUUCAACAUACAAAGGUUCCAAUUAA